AUGGGUAAUGUGCUAUUGCAGCAGCAGCAGCUUCUCUUGACCCAGAUGGAGGAAGUUGAGCAGGGUAUUUCAGGGGACGUCACGGGCGACCCGACACCUCCAGCUGAACCACUUUCGCCGGCUGCGUCACCUCCGAAUCGAAAUGCUCCUCAAGCAUCGCCUGUUCCUCCUCCGGCCGGCCCCCGAGAAUACCCUUUUCCUCCUGGCAACCAGAACGCCCCAAGCCAACCUGACUUUCCGCAAAAAGCUCAACCGCCAGGAUCUCUGUUCCCUCCCGCGGAGGAUGACCGGGGCUUCAUCUUCGCGUCUGCGGCCCCAAGACGAGCAUCGCCUCCUCCGCAAGCUGCCUUUGGGAUCCAGGCACCGUCACAAGCACCAGCUGCCGGGAUUAUUCAACCAUUGUCUCCAGCCCCCAGGUACCAGCCAUGGCCAACUGUCGACCCCGCCUUCGCAAACUCAGCGCUGACGCCGAUUUCCUUUGGGGGACAACAUGUGUCUGAGCCACGUGCGGCCCAUGACAUGAGCGGAGCCGUACGCAUCAGACGCCAACUAGAUGAACAGGAAGAAAGACAAGAGGCGGCGCGAGAUGCAAAGUGGUGGGCCGACAUAGGCAAAGACAUUUCGCCGGCGAGAUCCCAGAACUCUCUUAAAAGACAGGGCGACGAGUUGCCUGGUACACCUGGCAAACGACAACAAACCGAAAACAGCCGCGCGCGCGGUCUUCGUGGCGGAAAGGGAGAGGGAAACAAAUGGUUCCACGAACUCUUCAAAAAGUUGAGUCCUUUUCCCUCUAGAGAUCGAAAUGGGGAGGAAACCAAGCCCCAGCAUUCCUUUGGUAACGACCAGAUCAACUCCGACACAAGUCAGACUCACUAUCAUGAAAAAAGCGUCGAAGGACUUCUCAGGAUUGCUUCCCUGAAAAGUCAAUUCAUUCCGGCGCAUCAAGAAGAAAAGGCCGUCAGGGACCAACUAGCAGACCUCGUCACACUCUACGACUGCAUGACCACUCGUUUCAGUCGUCAAACGGCCAGCAGUCCUGAUUACGAGACACAAAGUCAGAUCGAAACGCUGCUCGAAGCUUUCAGAAAGUUCCCCGUUGAGCUCUUCGAUACCCCGGACACGUGUCGUACUCUUGAAGACCUCGCGACCUUUUGCGAAACCACGGACCGCACGACCCCCAAGACCCCGGAAGAAGAAGAACAAAAAGCGGCGGCGCUCGCCAGCGCUGCGGCGAUGAUAGGCCAGUGCCACGACCGGCUAGAGAAGCAGACUCUCUUUGCAGCCAAGGUUUUCGUAGACGGUGAAAAGACGGGGGGCCUGUUUGCAAAUUGGAUCAACGGGGAGCGUAGACAUCUUGCACACGAGGCGGCAUUCGGGGAGAGGGCCCGUCAGACGCCGAAGCUUUUUCGCAGAGGCCGCGGGCAGUAUCAUAUAGUAUAA